AUCGAGGGUUACGAAGUUGGCGGUGGCGUGGAGGACGCCGAGGUUGUGGAUCGUCAGUUCCAAGAGGAUGAAGGUCACGACAUCAUGGACACCCUGAACGAAGAUCACUUCCAAGGUGACGAGUUUGGCGGGGACAGGAUGGACGACUACAACGAGCGUGAUAUGGGUGGUGGUCUAAACGACGCUGACAACGAGAGCCUGCGCGGCGGGAAUGACGAAAACAUUGUCUGA